UCUUCCGUUUGGUUCGUAAUCGCGGCUCCCGUACGCUUAAUACGUGAGAAGUUUUCUACGAAGACCUUUUUCCCUUAUAAAUUCUCUAUACAUUACGGUAAAUAAAGAAAAUUUCGUGAUUUGAAGAACGUUGCCACUAAAAUUGCACUUGUUUCCGUCGGAUUUGCAGUAACCGUCGCGCUUGUGGCGAGCGAGUGCAAUCAAGUGCCGCGGAAUCGGUGAAUUCGGUGUUGGAUAAGUGCCAUUACGCGUCCGCUAGUGGGUUGAUGGCAAAAACGCAGAGCAGAAAACGAAUAAUUAGUUGGCAGAAUACAGCAACAAGUGAAGAUGGUGUGUUUGGUCUGGUAACAAGCAAAAAUCUCUAGAAAAUAGUGAAGAAAUACCUACUUACGCAAAUUACAGUGGGAUAUUGAAGGCUGUGUUGAAAAUAAUUUUUUAAAUCGCCUAGUGAUAAGUUCCUUGGGAUCGAAAAUUGGAAGAUGGGAACGUAAAUUGCCCGAAAGUCUGGUUCUGGUCUAUCCAUACAAAAAGUGCAUAUCAAGUGAAGCGUGCGAACUUUGGAGAAAUCAUAUGGGACGGCGCUCCAUUUGCUUUGAAUGGAUGUUGAAGAGCAAAUCUCAACCAUAACUGGGAUAAGGAGCCGAUGUGUUGGUUGAUGAUCCACAACAGGAUGUCGAUCUUUCAAUGUGUGAUGGUGGGAUUCUUUUCAUCGCGUAAAACAGUCGGGGGCGGUUUGUUGUGAUCCAGCAAUUGAGGGAAGAUUUAUACCGAAAAACCGUACCAGAGCAAGGAAUCAAAAUGACGGUGGACUUUAACGAUUAUUUUUGGGGUGAGAAGAACAAUGGCUACGAAGUGUUGUACCAGAACAUGAAAUAUGGGCUUUCGGCGACCAAAGAACUGGCCGAAUACUUCCGGGAACGCUCGAACCUGGAAGAGUACAACUCCAAGCUACUGACCAAGCUUGCCAACAAGGCCGGUUCCGGAGGUGGAGGAACAUUUUCGCCGCUCUGGAUCAUCCUCAAAUCGACCACCGAACGAUUGUCGGAGCUGCACGCUGCCAAGGUCCAGAAGCUGAGCGAGCUGGUCAAAAGUAUCACCAAGUAUGCCGAAGACUUGCACAAAAAGCAUAAAGGCGUCAAGGAGGAGGAGUCCAGUACCCUGGAAUCGGUACAGGCCAUGAAGGACUCGACGUCGGCGGUGGCCAAAGCCAAGGAUACCUACAACGCCCGGUUGCAGGAACUGGAGAAGGCACGCAAGGACAACUCGGCCAAGGAGAUCGAAAAGUGCGAGGCCAAGGUCCGGAAGCAGCAGGACGACUACAAGGCGCUGGUCGAGAAGCACAACAUCAUCAAGCAGGAGUUCGAGAAGAAAAUGACAAUAACUUGUCGGCGGUUCCAAGACUUGGAGGAAGGUCAUCUCAAACAGAUGAAGGAAUUUCUCACAUCCUACAUGGAAAUCGUUCAGAACAACUUUGAUCUAGUGGGACAGGUCCACUCGGAUCUGAAACGUCAGUGCCUGGAGCUAACGGUGGAUAAGCUACUGGAGCAGUUUGUCCUAAACAAAUACACCGGACUGGAGAAGCCAGAAUUUAUAGAACUAGAGUUGGUGGAUUUGUCCGGCGGUGGUUCUCAUCAGGUAACCAACAAUCAGAUGCUGGUAAACACAUCGAUCCCGAAUUCCGCGUCGGGAGGAACCGGAUCGAUCAUGGAUUCACCGGCCCUAUCAACGACCAGUUCAUCGCAACCGGUCCCCAUAGUGAAGAAGGAAAGUAAUCUCAGAAGUUGGUUCACAUCAAGCUCGAGCGCUGCGGUGCCAACAAAUUCACCGGUAAACCUAUCGACGUCUCCUCCCAUUUCGUCGGGCGGAAGAGCAGAAGGAGGUGGGCGUGGAAGCAUUCUAGAUGUCCUCGGAGGCGGCAACUCGGAACGGCCUCUGUCUCCCAUAUCAAUGUCGGCAACCGGACCGGGAGAUUCACCCGUCUCCAGUUCGGCACAAAGUACGACCAAAACAAGUAAAACCUUUUACGGAGACUUUCUAAACAAGCCUAAUCACAACCAACAACAACAACCACCACAAAACAAGCAACAGCCGCAAAUGAAACAGGAACAAGAUUCGCAACAACAACAACAUCAACAACAACCGCAACAAACAAAAUCUUCCCGCCGCACAACCUCCCUUUUAAAUCUCUUCAUGUCUAACUCCCAGGGAAGUCGCGAAAGUCGCGAUUCGACCACCAGUGGCGGUGCCGAUUCCGUGUCCGGUAUCCGUAUUGGGGCGGCCCUGUCCGUUCCCACAAGUCCGAACGACGGCAACAAAACGACGACGAACAACAGCGGCGGCGAUGUCGUCACCGGAAACGGAAACAGCAACAACAAUGGUGUGGCCAGUUCCUUCAUUGGCCGGAACCCUCUGCUCCGGGGAUCGAAAUCAGUUUCCGGAUUCUUGCGAAGCCGCCGCGAGAAAGCCAAAUCGAAAAAGACCAAGAAGAAAAAAGAUUCCACCGAAAUUUCCAGUGCCAAAGAUGAGAAAAUCUCCGAUGCAGAGGAUAAGGAUGACGUGACGAAAGCUACAGAUCCGGCGGCAGCCAGCAAUUUGCAGACCACAUCCGCCGUCAGCACCGGGAACGUGGUGGCCCCGACGGCGACGCCCGAGGUGGACGAGGACGGUUACAGCAUACAGCCCCGAGACGCCACGUGGGACAGCAACACAAACACCGAGAGAAGUAAUAACUUCUACUCCAGUUCCGACAGUGAUAGCGAUGACGAGCGAGAGGAGCGGAAGAUUCACGUCGAGAUUAAACCGCUGAACAAUGGGGCAGCCCCGAUUUCCGCCAGCGUGGACGAGCUGAGGGCAACGGUGGAGAAUUUGUCGCUGUCGCCGAUAGGGGCGCUUUCGUCGCAGCAUCAUCACCAUCAUUCCUCCUCAGCGUCCCAGCAUCAUGUGGGUGGUUCGGGUUCGGGCAGUGCCGCCGGUGCCCUAGUGGGGACAGCAGCAUCCGGUGGGCUGCUGAACAACAGCAACAAUACCCACCUAACGAGUCCGAAUGCGUCGAAUGCCUCGACACCGACGACGGUUCAUCCGUACGCUCCGCUGCAGAGUCCCACCCCGUCAAUGUCAAUUUCGAAUAAUCGAUACGCUGAUUUAGGUGACAUUUUCUCGGAAGUUGGUGACAUUAGCGUAUCGGCACCGGCCUCGGCCAAUCUAACGAAGUUGUCUCAGCGGCAGAUUCCAACGCCUACAUCCGCCGGUGGUAGCAGUAUCGCUAUUCCACGGCCACCAUCUCGAAGGUCUGAGGCAGCAGUUCGAGGAAGAAUAAGUCCAGCAUCGCAAAUAGCCCGGGCAGACAGCGUGGGUAGCUUAGAGUUCCGAAGUCCAAGUGUUGGAAUCGGAUCAUCGCGAGGUCCCUCCCCGUUGACGAUCGGUAUGUCCGACACGAUUCCGCUAGCAGUUGCCUUCCACGAAAUCAUUCACGCAUUUUUCCGUGGUUCGGACGAGUCUCGAUGCCAGGUCAAAAUGUCCGGGGAUAUGAUGCUGUCUUUCCCGGCCGGUAUAGUGAACGUACUGGCCAACAAUCCAAACCCGGCCAAACUGGGCUUCCGUAUCAAGAACCUGCAGAAUCUCGACAAUCUGAUUCCCAACAAACAGUUGAUCACGAUCGACAAGCUACAAUCGACGGCUUUCAGUACGACGCUCGAGUUCAACAUGCCAGUAUUAACUUCGAUUCUGAGGCGGCAGUCGGAACAGAACCCGACCGCUCCCUAUUUCAACGUCGACGUACUCAAGUAUCAGGUGAAGGCCAAAUCGGGCGCCGCGUCCUGUCCAUUCCAGAUGGUAUCGUACUGGAAGUGCGAAACAAAAAAUACCGAUAUCAAAAUCGACUACAAGUACAACAACCAUGCGAUGGCCGUGGCCUCGCCACUGCUGAACGUUUCGAUUACGGUUCCAGUGGAUGGCGGAGUAAAAAAUGUGCAAUCUAAACCUCAUUCAGCUUGGCAAGGUGAAUCGAACCGUUUGGUGUGGAACUUUACCGACAUAUCUCAGCACUCGGAUAACGGUGGGGUGGAUACGCUCAGAGCGCGGCUUGAAGUCGGAACCGGGCCCUCAAAUCCGGCCAUUAUUUCUGCACAGUUCAACUGUGAAGGAACUACUCUUUCCGGGAUCGAAUUCGAACUGGUCGGCACGGGUUAUCGGCUCUCGUUGGUCAAACGAAGAUUUGUAUCCGGCAAAUACAUCUGCGAAGGAGACGGAGUUCGAGGCGUUAAAACGCCUACGCCGCCAAACGUUGGGGUCCUGUCGCCCAGUCCGUACAGCAACAAAUCAACCGGAUCGGGCGGUUCCGGAUAGCACAAGCUGUAUUUUUUCGACUAGAAUAACGAUUGGCAUUGGUAUGCCGUCUCGAUAGUUUAUGUGAUGUUCAUAUAAUACCUACCUUGUAAUUCAUAACCGGCUAGAUGCAGUGUAGUGUUGAGAUAUCAAGUUGCACACAGUUGUUAUAACGAAGAAACCUUAUAGUACGAAUACUUUCCGCCAACAUUUCGGUUUAUUGCGGGACCGACAGAUUUCUCUGUUAAUUUUGUUUAGUUUCCGUUUGCUAUUGAAAAUGAACCGUUGCCUUUUUAUCCAAGAUUGUUAAAAAUAGAGUACUGUCAGCAGACGUUUAAAUAUUCAAUGAAAAAGAAUGUACGGAAACGAAUAUGCCAUUGAUAAUUUGUUGCUGUAAAUACUCAGCUAAGAGUAAUCCAACAUGUAUUUUCUAUUUCAUUUUCCAUUAGCGUAUAUAUUUCCAGACAUUCUCAAAAAUAAUUAUUUUCAUUGGACCUAAUGUAUUAUAGCGUAUAGUAAUGACUGUUGCAGUUGUCGUAGGCUAGGAGAAUGAAUUGUUUGUAUAUAUCCUAACACUCUAAGAGCGUAUGCUGUAUUAGAGAUUAAGUACCAAUUUCAAUAACUUCACCUUUCACAUUUUUGGAGGAAUUUUCCUUCGCUCCCGUAGCCUAUUGAUUAGUUGCCAACGUUAGGACGUAUUAGCAACAACAAAAAUGUUCAAUGUUUUCGGUAAAAAAUCUUUCAAUUCCGUCGUCAUUUGAAUGUGAAGCUUCCCCGAGCAUGUAGCUUAUAGAUAAUACAUACUGAAACAAAAUGAAUCGAGAACUGAUAGGAGGAAAUACAAAUCGUGCCAGAUAAAUCUAAACCUUCUGGUGGUAUCGCGAUUGAACGGAAAUACAUUAGGCGUUGUAAGUAACAACACUUAGCAGAUAUAUGUCAAACAUAUACGAAAUAAAGCUAGGAUAAAUUAACAUUAAAGCGAAAUCUCACGACUAUCGCCGGCAGGCGCGAUAGGGAAAUCGUAAGAUUAUAGUAAAGCAAACGAAAUAAGAAACUUAUGCAUAGGCACUAAGUUUUAACUAAUGUAAACUAUCUGCAAUUCUCAGAAUUAAAUAAAAUGCCUCAUAUAUUAAAA